UUAGCUGUUACACCUCAGCGCCAGGCUCACAUCUCGCAUGAAUGGAAAGAUAUUACCGGUUAAAGCCUUGACUCAGGAAUGGAUGUUGGCUGUCAUGAAUUCAGAGUGAAUUUUUUCAGUCUGUGUCUGUCGGUUUAACUCGGGGUUAUUUCCCCUUUAAUUCAACUAAAGCGCUGUCUGUUCGUUUGUGUGGAAAGCGGAAGCUAACUAGCUGCUAGCCUAAACUACAGGCUACACAACGGUGAUUCUACGGUUAGCCUGCUAGCUAGUCCUUCCUUAAACAUAGACCAAAAACACAGCAGAGAUGGUUGAAACUAUUUUUGACCUCCCGGUGGAAAAACAGAUAUUUUACGCUGUCUUGGGAUUUUCGUGGACAGUUUAUCUAUGGGAGGCUUACCUUUCUUACAGACAGAGGAGGAUCUACAGAAUGACAACAAGCGUGCCUCAGGAGCUGGGGAAGAUCAUGGAUUCUGAAACAUUUGAGAAGUCGCGUCUUUAUCAGCUGGACAAAAGCAACUUCAGCUUUUGGUCCGGACUCUACUCUGAGACUGAAGGGACGUUGAUCCUGAUCCUUGGUGGAAUCCCGUUCUUGUGGGGCAUCGCUGGUACUCUGACAGCUCGCUUUGGAUUUGGUUCCGAGUAUGAGAUCACCCAGUCUCUGGUGUUCCUGACACUCGCCACCUUGUUCAGUGCCUUGACUGGACUCCCCUGGAGUAUGUACAACACAUUUGUCAUUGAGGAGAGGCACGGCUUUAAUCAGCAGACAUUAGGUUUCUUUAUUAAGGAUGCUGUGAAGAAGUUUGUUGUAAGCCAAUGCAUCCUGCUGCCUGUGACCUCACUGCUCCUGUACAUCAUCAAGAUUGGUGGGGACUACUUUUUCAUCUACGCCUGGCUCUUUACCCUGGCUGUGUCUCUGGUGCUUGUGACAAUCUAUGCCGACUACCUCGCUCCUCUCUUUGAUAAAUUCACUCCUCUGCCAGAAGGAGAGCUGAAGACCGAUAUUGAGUCCAUGGCCAAGAGUAUAAGCUUCCCCCUCACUAAGAUUUAUGUAGUUGAAGGUUCUAAACGUUCAUCACACAGCAAUGCAUACUUCUACGGGUUCUUUAAAAACAAGCGUAUUGUGCUGUUUGACACUCUGCUAGAAGACUACUCGCCACUCAACAAGACCGGCGAGCCUCAGAACGAGCAGCCAGAGAAUGAUGAUGGAUCCAGCGAAACCAAAGCCAAGCCCAAGAACAAGAAACAAGGAUGCAACAACCCAGAGAUCCUUGCAGUCCUGGGACAUGAGCUCGGCCACUGGAAGCUCGGCCACACGGUCAAGAACAUCGUUAUCAGUCAGAUGAAUUCCUUCUUGUGCUUCUCCCUGUUUGCUGUCCUGAUUGGACGUAAGGAACUGUUUGUCGCUUUUGGCUUCAAUGACAGCCAGCCAACAUUAAUAGGCUUGAUGAUUAUCUUCCAGUUCAUCUUCUCUCCCUACAAUGAGCUCCUUUCUUUCUGUCUGACCGUCCUGAGUCGCAGGUUUGAGUUCCAGGCAGACGCCUUUGCUCGCGGCAUGGGCAAAGCCUCUGAACUGUACUCGGCCCUCAUCAAGCUCAACAAAGACAACCUGGGCUUCCCCGUGGCUGACUGGUUGUUCUCCAUGUGGCACUACUCUCACCCUCCCCUCCUGGAGCGCCUCAGAGCGCUGGGCAACAUCAAGCAGGACUGACGGGGCUGGAAGGGGGAGGAGCGGGCGCUGCCUCCUCCAAAGGGCCUCCGUAGACCACUGCUGGCCCUGUGAUAAACCUUAGUUUUUUUUCUACCAACCACCCCCUUUAUCUUAUUUUAUCUUCUUUUUUUAAUUACUCUGCUUGCCAUACUUUCCUCUCUGUUCCCUUAUGAAACUUUGUUUGAAACAACCAAAACAUAUCAGCAAAAGCCAGCCUAAAAAAAAAUAAACAUGAAUUAAAGUCUCAGCUUUCUCUCCAGUUGCCUGUAAUGCACUCAGUGAAAGUUGAGCAAGAGCUGUAGUCAGAGCGCACGCCACGUUUAUGCAGACUGAUGACUUUGAUUUUUAUUUCUUAGUAAUUCAGCAUCAGAUUUGAUCUCAGAGGAAAGUAAUGUCUCAUUUCAAAUCUGAAAUUUUACUUGCAGAACUUACUUUCUGUUGUGAUGUUUACAUGACAUCCAAAUUUUAAAGGGAUAAGAGUAUUUUUUAAGUUUAUAAAUAGUUAAUACCAUAGUUUAAUGAGUUUUAACUUACUAUAAAUGGAAAAAACAACAAAAAAUACGGAAUAGACAAGAGAUGAACAACUCAACAUGCUCGUGACCAGACUUUUUGCAGGCCAGAUUUUGAUUUGCCUCUCAGGUGCAAAUGUAGAAAUUUCUCCAGGCAAGCUCAAGAGUAAAAACAACUUUUACAUCGACUGAAAUUCUCAGUUUUCUAAAAAAAAAACAAAAAAAUCUUUGUCACUGGGGAAAAAAUUCAGGGCCUUUUAAUUGUUUCUGUUUUUGUCCAGAUAAUGGACGCACAAUGAACAGAGCAGUGCAAAAUUUUAUUUGAAUUUAGGUUAGACUUGUGAUAUUUUUUUUAUAUUCAAUGGGGGCAGGAGUCUUCUUUUACUUUUCUUAUGCACUUGCUUGUCAACAAGGUUCCAACCAUACCUGUACAUAUGUAACAGUAAUGAAAAGAAAAAAGAUGUGAAUUAUAAAAACUGUUGAAUGUGGUUUGAGAUUUUAAGUUGAACAGUGUUUCUUAGUUUCUUCUCUUGGUUUUGGGCAAAGUGAGCUCAGAGUUGCCUGACAAGCAAACUAUUUGUAGGGAACAUAUGGGGACUGGUGUCUGCGAGGCUCCUUUCUCCACAGAAGUCAGUGCUUUGUUCAAUGAGGGAAAUGUGUACCUUCUUUGCAGCAAUGAAUAAAAGCCUUUAAAGCA